AACACCCAAACGCGCCGCUGCUGGUGGUUGGUUGCCGGGAAAUGGGGAUUGGCUGCUGCAAUUAAAACGGAGGCUGGUGGGGUGGGGGCGGUGGGAGAGAUAGAAUGGGGUUAGUAAUAUUGGGUAUUUAGGUUAAUAAAGUGAAUGGAUUUACUAAAAACAUCAAAGACCAAAUCAUUUGAUGUUUCGACUGAAUUUGAUCUGCUGAAGCUAUUGUGAGGGAUUCGAGCACACCAAGAGUCGUCGUAGGAUGAAUGAUUUUGAAUAUGGAUGCCAAGGCUGCGAAAAUCCCUUUCAACAUUACAAAGGGAUUCAACAAUCUGUUUAAAACAACCACAUCCUCCGGUCCUGGGGUUAAAAUUGCAGUAUCCACAUCCACCCGUAUUGGAGGCCUUGUGGUUUUUGCAUUGGAGAGGAGGAAUCAUGAGGAGGGAAGAACCAUCAGCUCUUUCAAAUUUCUUGUUUUCUUUGUUGAUCUUUCUCUUCAUCAGUGAAAUACAAGCAGAUAAACUUCAACAAGCAUGCUCUUCUUCAUGUGGAGACCUCACAAACAUAAGCCACCCUUUUCGUCCCAAGGGAGAUCCACCAGGAUGCGGUGAUCGUGACUUUGAACUUUCUUGCCAGAGCAACAAAACUAUCCUAGAACUUUAUUCAGGAACAUACUAUGUGACCGGACUUUAUAAAGAGGAACGUAGAAUAAGAGUUGUUGAUAUUAACUUAGCCAAUGGAAGCUGCAACCUUCCAAACAAAUCUCUAUCAAUAAGUGAUUCUUUUACAAGUGGUUUUACUUAUGAGGAGAACUUCUUUUCACUUUACUCUAAAAUCGAUGAAUUUGCCAGAUUCCUAAAUUGCUCUGCAAAUAUCAGUGAUUCAGCUUAUAGAAGACUUCCUUGUUUCGGAGAUCAGUCUUAUAAUGUUUACGUCAAUAUUGGUGGCUACCGAAAAGAAAUAUCUGAUCUUCCGGAGUCAAGCUAUUGUUCGUUCAUAUCAAUGGUUCCUAUACUUCACGCGGAUGUAAUACCUCCUACUUAUGAAGUCAUCUGGAAGUUGCUGAAGUCCGGUUUCGAUCUUAGAUGGUCAAUUGAAUGCCGAGAUUGUAUUAAAGCUGGUGGUUAUUGCGAAUCUGAUAAAUGCUACGUCAGGCCUCUUAAUAGUUGGGAGGAAUUUCUCUCAUACUUUCCGAAAUUUAUGGUUCAAUCGCUAGCACCGUUUAACCUAGGACGUAACUUCUGGAAACCUGUACUAACUGUGCCGGGAGAGAUGUUUGGAAUCCAAAUUGAUAUCAUCUUGACAGUAUUUGAGUUUUUCUUUGAUAUAUGGCUUGCAGUGGUUCUUAUAUGUAGAUUUAUAUUUGCUCCAAUAGUCAUAUUGUUGUAUAUUAUCAACAAAUAUAAAGCAACUUGGAAGAUAGUGGAUAGAGUUGAGAAAUUUCUGCAUAAUCAGCAGUCUUGGAUGCCUAAAAGGUACUCUUACUCUGAGAUAAUUGCAAGAACAAACCACUUCAAAGAGGAACUAGGUCAAGGUGGGUUUGGAUCAGUUUAUAAAGGACAACUUCAUAGCGGUUCCUUAAUUGCUGUUAAAGUACUAAAAAACUCGAAGUUCAAUGGCGAAGAAUUUAUCAAUGAAGUCUCCACAAUAGGUAGAAUUCACCAUGUAAAUAUAGUACAGUUGGUGGGAUUCUGUUCUGAGGGAUCUAAACGUGCACUUGUUUAUGAAUAUAUGGCUAACGGAUCUCUUGAUAGGCAUAUUUUCUCCAAGGGGGGUAGAGCAUUAUCAUUUAGUUGGGAGAAACUACAUGAAAUUGUUGUGGGAACAGCCCGAGGGAUUGAGUAUCUACAUGGAGGAUGUGAUGUUUGUAUUCUUCAUUUUGACAUCAAACCUCACAAUAUCUUGCUAGAUCAUAAUUUAAUCCCAAAAAUCUCAGAUUUCGGCCUUGCAAAAUUUUAUCCAAAAGAAAAUGAUUUUGUGUCCAUCAGUGUUGCGAGAGGAACAAUAGGGUACAUAGCUCCUGAGUUGAUUUCAAGGAGCUUUGGAGUUGUUUCUUGUAAGUCAGAUGUUUAUAGUUUUGGAAUGUUGUUGUUGGAAAUGGUCGGAGUGAGAAGAAAUUCUGAUGUAAAGGCUACUCAUUCAAGCAAAGCAUACUUUCCAUCAUGGGUAUAUGACCAAAUAAACAUGAAUGGAGACUUAGAGCUCCAAAAUGUGACUGAAAGUGAAACCGUCAUAGCAAGAAAAUUGUGUAUAAUUGGGUUGUGGUGCAUACAAGUGAAGCCAACAGAUCGUCCUUCAAUGACCAAAGUUAUGGAAAUGUUAGAAGGAAGCAGUGACGACUUGAAGAUGCCUCCUAAGCCUUUCUUUUCUUCUUCUCAACAUAUCUCUAUCGGAGAGAUUGAAUCAGAAUCUUCAACUGAGUUAUUGCUAUCUGAAUCAAUGGAGGAAUGCUUGUAUAAUGAUAGUUAUGUUUAGUUGCACCCAUGUAAUGUUUAAGAAAAUAAGACUGAUGAGAAUUUGCAUCUCUUUUGUAGAAUGCUGCAUACUGCAGCAAUUGAAACCAGCUUGUUAUGACAUUUUGAUUGUUUCUUCAACACA